GUUCCGCCGGAGAGAGGAGAGAGCUGGCCGAGGGAAAAGUAUGCGAGCUCUGGCUUCUGUACUUGGCCAAAGCGCAGACCGCGCCUAAAAAAUCGUGUCAAAAAUCACUGCUCUCGCUUCCCUGGACCUUAGACGGUGACCGCCGUCCGGGACAGUUCGCAGAGGUCAGGGAAGGACUGAAACACGGGGCCUGAACCGGGAUCCGUCCCUGAUGGUGCUUGUCAGAGGGAGCACGUAAGUCAUGCUAGCGGUGAACAGCCGGAUAGGUUCCGGCGCGAGUUCUAGUGAGAAGCCGAAGAAAGUAAAUAGGACUGUGAUUUCUCUCCCCUUGCAAAGGUGGAGGUUUUGGCUGCUCUGUCUAUCAUUACUAGUAAUAACGAAAUGUACAGAAGCACAACAAUAUUCAUACCAAUAUCCGUCUCCAAGCAACCAAAGGCGAGUUGAAGACACAGGGACAAAAUGCGCUGGAUGCGAAAAUGGAGGUUGCAAAUGUAUAGGCGAAAAGGGAUCGAGGGGUGUCCCUGGAGCUCCGGGGCCCCCUGGUGCUCCAGGUCACAGGGGAUUCGAAGGACCAGAAGGAUUGCCGGGGGACAAAGGAGAGAAAGGUGACAUUGGCGUUCCAGGACCAAGAGGACCAAAAGGUGACAGAGGGAAAAUGGGAGUUCCCGGUUUUCCAGGAGCAAACGGCAUUCCUGGAUUAAACGGCCACAUGGGUCCAGUAGGUCCACCUGGACUUGACGGUUGCAACGGAACUGACGGUGUUCGUGGAGCCGAUGGCUAUCCUGGUGAUCCUGGACCUCGCGGCUACCCAGGAUCCCCAGGUCCCAGAGGAGAAAAAGGAGAACCUGCGAUUGGGCCACCUGGAUUAAGAGGACAAAAGGGAGAACAUGGCAGAGAUGGUGCCCCAGGACAACCUGGACCACCUGGGGCUGAUGGAGCACCUGGACCCAAAGGUGAUAGAGGACCUCAAGGUUUUCAGGGACCUAAAGGUGACAGAGGAUUUGACGGCGAUAAAGGAAACAUGGGAGUCGGUUUUCAAGGACUAAAGGGAGAACCUGGAGAUCGUGGAUUGAUUGGACCACCAGGUCCUCCUGGUGCCUGCGACGGAUACUUCCUGGAACAGAAAGGUAUAACCGUAGGACUUCCUGGUCAGCCUGGACGAAAAGGACAAAAGGGUGAAGCGGGGGAUAGAGGGGAAAGAGGCUUUGACGGAAUACCUGGCAAAAUGGGACCACCCGGUGAUAUUGGUAUGACAGGUGAAAAAGGACUUCGGGGAUAUCCAGGACCAAGAGGUAAAGAUGGAUUUCCUGGACCACCCGGACCUCAAGGAUUCAAGGGCGAUCGAGGAGAAGAUGGACUACCUGGCUUAGAUGGAUUGCCUGGCAUGAAAGGUGAUGCUGGAGAAUCGGGCAUACCAGGACCCAGAGGAUUACCGGGACCAGCAGGACCUCCAGGGGGUAUUGAAGGAAGAGCAGGGCCACCUGGUCCACCAGGACCAGCAGGUAUAACAGGUCCACAAGGUUUCCCUGGAACGGAUGGCCUCCCAGGUGAAAUUGGUCCUAGGGGGCCUCCUGGAGUCCCCGGAGGUCCUGGAUUACCAGGGUUACCAGGAAGGGAAGGACCGCCCGGUCUGAAAGGUAGCAAAGGAGAUUCUGGUCUUCCAGGACUAGAAGGGCUCCCUGGUGGCCCUGGUUUACCAGGUGCGCCAGGUCCUAAAGGCGAGCCUGGACCAAGAGGAACGCCUGGUAUAUCUAUUCAGGGACCGAAGGGAAUGGACGGCAGUCCGGGUCUGGACGGAUUAACUGGUCAAAAAGGAGAACUUGGACCUAAAGGAGAGAGAGGUGCACCUGGUGAUACUGUUGAAGGGAUACCUGGCAAUCCCGGUUACCCGGGCCCCAAAGGUGAACGAGGGUAUUCUGGAAUUCCUGGACGCCCAGGCUUAUCAGGAUUACCCGGUCCGAAAGGUGACAAAGGAGGCAGUUGCAUAGCUUGUACAUCUGGAUCAAAAGGUGAAAAGGGUGAACGCGGUCUGGAUGGGCUGCCAGGCUUACAGGGCCUUCGAGGAGAAACGGGGCUUCCAGGUUUACCAGGGGCCAAAGGUGAUGACGGAUUACCAGGACUACCUGGACCAAUCGGUGACGAAGGUCGACCAGGAAUACCAGGACGAGAUGGAGCUAAAGGACAACCUGGUCCACCAGCAGUAGUUCCUUCAGAGCUUCUAGUAGGAGAAAAAGGGGAAAGAGGAUUUACGGGUGCACCAGGACUUCCUGGUCUUCCGGGAAGAGAUGGAUUACCUGGAGCAGCUGGAUUACCGGGACCACCAGGACCACCAGGAUUAAUUGGAGACAAGGGACCACCAGGAUUUCCUGGGGCUGCAGGCAGGCCAGGAAAUCCAGGCUUUCCAGGACCCAUUGGUCCAAAGGGUGAAAGAGGAAUAGGAUUGCCAGGACCUCCAGGAGAAAGGGGCGAGCGUGGAGAUCCGGGACUACCAGGACUAGACGGACAACCAGGCGAACGAGGAGAACCAGGGCAACCACCACCAACAGAUCUGAAGUUACCCCCGGGACCAAGAGGGCCACCUGGCCCACCAGGAUAUCCUGGAGAAAGAGGUGAAUCUGGAUUGCCUGGGCUGCCCGGAAAACCAGGAUUGGACGGCUUUCCUGGUGUGAAAGGAGAAUCUGGAGACAAUGGUUUGCCUGGUCCUCCUGGACCAAGAGGUUUACCCGGUCCGAGAGGUGAAAAAGGUGAAACGGGGCCAAUGGGUUUCCCUGGUGCAGUGGGUCCUGAAGGAGAUGCUGGACUCCCUGGUUUUCCUGGAUUAAAAGGUACGAAAGGUGAACAAGGAUUACCAGGAAUAGGACGGCCUGGUCCCCCUGGCAUUCCAGGACUGCCAGGUGCUAAAGGUGAUCCAGGUUACCCAGGUCCUCCCGGCUUGCAAGGUGAACGUGGAUUGCCGGGAUUUCCAGGAAUCAAAGGCGAAGUGGGCAAUCCUGGUUUGGCUGGAUUCCCAGGAUUAAGAGGAGCAAAGGGUGAACCAGCAAGAGAAGGUCUUCCGGGUCCACCAGGACUACCAGGAGACCGAGGAUUCGACGGCUUAAAAGGUACUCAAGGACAGAAAGGGGAUCCUGGAUUUCCGGGGAUUUCUGGUCUCCCUGGAGAGAAAGGUGAUCCAGGUUUACCAGGGUUGAAUGGAUUGCCAGGGUUUGAUGGACCACCAGGAUCUCCUGGAAUACCAGGACGUGAUGGGUUUGAAGGGCUUCCUGGACUUCCAGGUACGAAAGGAGAAAGAGGAAUUGCCGGUUUCCCAGGAGCUCCCGGACCACCGGGAUUGGAUGGUUUGAAUGGUAUCAUGGGUGAGAAAGGCGAUAGAGGCCUACCUGGAUUAUCAGGACCAAAUGGCUUCCCGGGAACGGCAGGUCUUAAGGGUGAGCCAGGACUACCGGGAUUCCCAGGAGCAAGAGGACCACCUGGAGACGCUGCUGCUAAAGGAGAAAAAGGAGAGCCUGGGUUCCCAGGAUUAGUAGGACCACCAGGAAGUCAAGGCCCGCCAGGUCUUGACGGAUUACCAGGAUUGAAAGGAGACGCGGGUCUUCCUGGAAGAGGUUUACCAGGACUACCAGGUACACCCGGGGAGAGAGGAAUCGAAGGACAACCAGGACCUCCUGGUUUCCCUGGCGCUAAAGGUUCAGACGGGCUACCAGGAUUUAUUGGCAACAAAGGAGAGCCCGGAUUACCAGGUCUUCCCGGAUUUCCCGGUCCACGCGGGCUAGCAGGACAACCAGGUUUUCCCGGAGCAAAAGGAGACCCUGGAUUCCCUGGAAUUCCAGGGCUGAAGGGAGAAUCGGGUGAUUCAGGACUUCCUGGCCUUCCAGGACCUAAAGGAGAUCGUGGAGAUUCAGGACCACCAGGUUUGCCCGGACUUGACGGGUUUCCAGGAGAGAAAGGCGACCGAGGAUAUCCUGGAGCGCCAGGAGAUAGAGCGGAAAGAGGUCAGAAAGGAGAACCCGGCUUACCAGGUCUACCAGGAGCACCCGGACCUAAAGGCAUAAGAGGAAAUGAUGGCCUUUCAGGAAUUCCAGGUUCCAAAGGUGACCGUGGUCUUCCUGGCUUAGAAGGACUUCCAGGACCAGAAGGGCUUAGAGGCGCACCAGGUGAUCCAGGACUUCCCGGAAUUCCAGGAGCACCUGGACGACCUGGUUUCGGCAUCAAAGGAGACCCAGGAGCACCAGGAAGACCCGGAGCUGAUGGAUUCCCUGGUUUACCUGGACUGAAAGGAGACGCUGGUUUCCCUGGUAUGCCAGGAGUACGAGGACCACCAGGAGAUGAAGGCUUACCAGGAAUAGCAGGACCGAAAGGAGAGCGUGGAGAACCAGGUUUCCCGGGACCACCAGGUCGAAGUGGCUUGCCAGGGGUGAAAGGAGAUCCAGGAUUAGCAGGAUUUCCUGGCUUGAAAGGAGAACGUGGAUUGCCUGGACUAGAAGGACCACCAGGUUUGAGAGGACCGCCCGGAGCAUCAGGACGGGAAGGCUUUCCAGGUUUACCCGGAUUACCUGGACUCAAAGGAGACCCAGGAUUUCCCGGACCGCCAGGCUUCCCCGGUGCAAAAGGAGAUGCCGGACUACCAGGACAACCAGGAUUGGAAGGAUUAAGGGGUGAGCCAGGUUCGAAAGGCCAAAAGGGUGAAAAGGGCAUAUUGCCACCGUUGAAUUUGUUGAGAGGACCUAAAGGCGAACCUGGAACACCCGGAAUCCCUGGAGAGCCAGGACCGCCAGGACCAAGGGGAUUGGACGGAUUACCCGGAUUACCUGGUAUUAAGGGUGAACUAGGUCGGCCCGGACAAUCAGGUUUACCAGGAUUGCCAGGACCGAUAGGCAUGAAGGGUGAUCGUGGUGUAUCAGGCCUUCCAGGACCACAAGGGCUACCUGGAGCAAGAGGUCAACCAGGACCAGCUGGACUGCCUGGUAUACCGGGAGGAGAUUACUUGAUGGGUAUCCUAUUAGUCAAACACAGUCAGUCUAGAUUUGUACCACAGUGCCCGCAAGGGAUGCAAAGGCUGUGGGACGGAUACAGUCUCUUGUAUAUUGAAGGAAAUGAAAAGGCACACAAUCAAGAUUUAGGUUUUGCUGGAUCAUGCUUGCGAAGAUUCAGCACAAUGCCUUUCCUCUUCUGUGACUUCAACAGCGUUUGCAACUAUGCAAGCAGAAACGACAAAUCCUAUUGGUUGUCCACGAAUGAACCAAUUCCCAUGAUGCCUGUGGGAGAAUCUGUCAUACAACAGUACAUCAGUAGGUGCGUCGUCUGCGAAGCUCCAGCAAAUGCCAUCGCAGUUCACAGCCAAUCUUUGAAUAUACCAGACUGCCCGCGAGGAUGGAAUAUGUUGUGGAUUGGUUACAGUUUUGCAAUGCAUACUGGCGCAGGUGCUGAAGGCGGCGGCCAGGCUUUGUCUAGUCCUGGAAGUUGUCUUGAAGACUUCCGAGCCACACCGUUCAUUGAAUGUAACGGUGCUCGUGGCACGUGCCAUUAUUUCGCCAACAAGUUUAGCUUCUGGCUCACCACCAUCGAUGCCAACGACCAGUUCUCCAGACCAGUCAGUACCACUCUGAAGGCUGGUGAUCUCAGAUCUCGUAUCAGCCGAUGUGCCGUCUGUAUCAAAAAUACAAAUUAAUUACUUUUUUCUUAAUGCGGGGACUUAGUCAAUUUCAUGAAAAAGAGGCCCGUACCUGACACAGCAAAAAAUAGAUACUGACAUGUAUGCAUUUUUGUUUUUAUUUUGAAGAGAAAUAUUUAUGUGGUCGAAUUAUUGCGCUGAGUCGAUGCUUUCAAAUUGCAAUACCAAAAUGAACUGUUUGUUGUUGAUUUUUUUUUAUUAUUGUAUAUGUGUGCUUGAACAAAAGUUUACAGACACGUGUUCAUGAUAUGUUUAAUGUAAUUUAUUACAACUGAAAAAGAACCAAUUCAAUUUAGAGGUAACAUUUUUUUUUUUUAAGCUUUGAAAAUUAAAAGCUGUCGAACAUUCAGACAGAGAGAGACGAUGCUUCAACUGCCGUGGUAAUAUUUCGUGUACUUAAUCACAAUACUCAAUACUCAAAUGGAAUUUGUUACUCUCAACUCUAACGCGUUUUUUUUUUUUUCUUUGAAUAUUAAUUGUUAACUACAAUUAAAAGCCAACUCACCAGAUUAAAAGCACCGUUAACUUUAAAUUGAAGUUAGUGUUAUAUUUGUUGCUAAGUCAUGUUUCAUUGCUUUAUAACACGUUCUUGUUUAUUAUUCUUUCUGUAAAGUGACAUGUCAAAUAUUUUCCGCGAAGAAUUUCUAUCGCUUUAUUGCAUACAUUACAUUAUGACGUUUAAAAAUGUUUUCUGUCGAAAAUAAUGUAUAGAUUUUCUUCAUGCUUAUUUAUAAAUAUUUCCUGCAAUUUUGGCGCCUAUGUACAGAAGAAUAAUUGUUUGUUUUCUUUUUCUUUUCUUUUUUUUCUUACGGUCCAUCUUUCGACUACUAAUGCCUAUGAACACCGUGAGCAAGCCGCUAGUGCAUUUAUAGCAUUGUUAUGCAUUUAAAACUGAAUAAUAUUUUGUAUAACAUGAUUCAUUGUUUAAACUUCGAAGCAUUUGAUUUUAUUUUACAUUUUUAAACUAUUUGUUAUGAAUGUAAGAAAUUUUAGAUUUAGCUUUCUAAAACACCUAUACGUGCCUUAUAUAAAUUUAGAAAUCGUAUUUAAUUACUGUUAUCGUUCUUAACUUCAAUUGUUAAAAAUACAGAUUUAUUACUCGAUAUUUUUGUAUAUUCAUACAAAUUGUUUUUUUUUUUUUUUUUUUAAUUUUGCUCAAAGCAUACAAUUUUUUUUUUAUUUAAAAUUCCAAAAAAAUUUCUUUUUCAAAAAAUAAAAAAGAAUAUUUAUUCGAAAGUUUGUUUCUUUGAAACAAGAGCAGCUAAAAUCUUGAUAUUAUGUAUUUUUAUAAGCUAACACUGCCAAAAGUUUCUGGGUAUAUAUUGUAUGGUGACGCUAACAGUUAGGUAUAUCACUGCCAUAUCUGAACCUAGUCUCCUUUCGCGAUAUUUCUUUCUCCAGUGUAAAUUAACUGUUUUCUUCACUUGGAUAUACCGCUCAAUGUUAAGCUUCUGUACUUCAUUAAAGAAGAAACUUGUUUCUGA